UGGCCUCUUCUCCCGGCACUGCUGGAAGAUCCGUCAUCAAACACCCAUCCCCCCUCUUCCCCUUCCCCCUUUCGUCAUUUUCCCCUUCCCCUCCCCUCCACAACCUCGCGGCUCGCGUCUGAUGUCCCUCCGAACCACCAUCCUGAAUAAUGGAUUAUAUCCUCCGGGGCAUUGCAAAAGGAGGGACGUGUGAUUGCUUGCUUCUGUUAUUACUGCUCUAAGCUGUCUGGUCUCAUUUCGUUGACCCGCAAAAUAAACACGUCUAUUUCUAUUUCUAUUUAUUUACACUAUAUAUAUAUAUAUCUCACGCCAUCGUUGCCAGCAACCUCCAGAGAAGUUAUCUCCGAAAACUUGUCUCUGGGCUAUCGGUCUCUGCGGUAGUCGUCAGCAGAACUGUUUCGGGAUAACAGCGGCAGCCUGUCGUCGUCGUCGUCGGUCGCGUCGUCUCGUCGUCCCUUCGAGAGAGACAGAGAGAAACUGUCUCUCCCCUUGAGAAGAAGGAGGUCCCCGAAAACCGUCACCCUGCAGAGGAGGGAGAGGAAAGCGGCGGCGCCCUCAACGCCCGGCCUCAUGGCUAAGGUUCUGUCGACGGGCGGCGUUGGAGGAGGCGGGGGCCACCACCACCACCAGGUGGGCGGGAUGUACGUCCUGGGCGGCGGCGGCGGCGGGGGCGCCGCGGCCGCCGCUACUCUCACCUUGGCUGCGGCAGUGUCGGAUGAAAGUUGUUCGGAAGUGUCGAGCUCCUCGCCGCUCACGGCGCCCACCUCCUCCUCCCUCUCCCCUCCCGCCCUCGUCAACGUGGGCCUGAGCGUCGGCAUGAGUCCGCCCAUCUCGCUGGCCUCCUCCGACAUCGGCGAGGUGGACCUCGACUUCUGGGACCUCGACCUCAACUCGCACAGUCCUCCUCACGGACUGGCGGCUGCAGCCGCCUCCACGACUUCGGUGCUGGUCGAGAGAGGCAUCAAGGCCUACUCGGAUACCUCGUCCAUAUCAGGCCGAGAUGACAUGUCGCCGCCUUCUUCUCUCAACGGCUACAGCAUGGAUUCCUACUCUGACCACAGGAAGAAGAAGGGUCCCAUAGCCCGCCAGCAGGAGGAACUGUGCCUAGUGUGCGCAGACCGAGCCUCCGGGUACCAUUACAACGCCCUCACCUGCGAGGGUGUAAAAGGAUUCUUCCGACGCUCCAUCACGAAAAAUGCCGUCUAUCAGUGUAAAUACGGAAAUAAUUGCGAGAUGGAUAUGUACAUGAGGCGGAAGUGUCAGGAGUGCCGCCUAAAGAAGUGUUUAAACGUCGGCAUGCGGCCCGAGUGUGUGGUCCCAGAGUCCCAGUGCCAGGUGAAGCGAGAGCAGAAGAAGGCCAGAGAGAAGGACAAGAAGGACUACCCCUCGGCCGGUUCCCCCUUAGUAGAGGAUAAUAAGCAUUCUCCUCUAAGCCCCUGUAAGCCAAAAGGACCGUCGAGUGCUUCAGUUCCUUCGUAUAAAAGUAAUAACGGAACCGGUAGCUUCAGUAUAACCCCAAUGGAUUGGCCUCAGGAAAAGGAAUCCUCAGAGGAAGAAGGUAGAGAUUCUAAGUUGCCUUUAUCAAGAGGAGGAGGAACUGGUGCCAAGCCUCUGACACAUGAGCAGCAGGAACUGAUCCACACUCUAGUCUACUACCAGGAGGAGUUUGAACAGCCCUCUGAAGCAGACAUGAAGAAAAUAAAAUUUACCUUCGAUGGUGAAGAUACAAGUGACUUGAGAUUCAAGCACAUAACCGAGAUGACGAUCCUCACAGUUCAGCUCAUAGUGGAAUUCUCCAAGCAACUUCCAGGCUUCGACACUCUCCAGCGUGAAGAUCAGAUUACUCUCCUUAAGGCAUGUUCAUCUGAAGUGAUGAUGCUAAGAGCAGCAAGGCGCUAUGAUGCGAGCACAGACUCCAUAGUGUUCGGUAACAACUAUCCCUACACACUGGAUUCUUACGAGUCUGCUGGUCUGGGAGAAUCAGCUGGAGCCAUUUUCCAGUUCUGCCGGAAUUUGUGUAAAAUGAAGGUGGACAAUGCAGAAUAUGCAUUACUGGCUGCAAUUGCUAUAUUCUCCGAACGUCCAUCGUUAAAAGAGCCGCAUAAAGUGGAGAAGCUCCAGGAGAUCUACCUGGAAGCUCUCAAGGCACACGUCGAAAACCGCCGCACCCCGAGAUCCUCGGUGGUGUUCGCGAAACUCCUGAACAUCCUGACCGACCUGAGAACCCUCGGCAAUCUCAACUCCGAGAUGUGCUUCUCCCUUACACUCAAGAACAAGAAGCUGCCGCCCUUCUUGGCCGAGAUAUGGGAUAUUCACAGUUGCGACCAAUACUGAACAGAUGACGUGCCCCCGCCACCGCCUCCCAGGUGCCAUGAAGGCGAGGAAGGAAGGAGGAAGGUUGUGAUGAAGUCGUCGACUGGGUGGGUGGUGGCCGGUGUGUGCCUACAAUAUGUACCUGCAGGCUGUGAGUGAAACAAACUGAUGCUGAUGAGGCUGUCAGACAAAAAAAGCAGUUUCAUAUUUGCUGCACUUUCAGCCAUCUGAUGAUGAUGAUGAUGAUGUGUCUGUGUUAGGCCUCUCUCUCUUUUUUUUUUAAACGUGUGACAGUGCCGUGUGUGCAUCCUCCCGCCACCAGUGCGAUGUCAGAUUCAUACUAAUGCGCUAUAGUGUAUGAUGAAAAAAAAAAGGAUUGGGCAGCUAUAUCAGUGUAGCCUUAGUUAAACAGUGUCCAAGUUGUGUUUCUGAUUCAUUUUAACGUUGUGUAGCUGCCUGUUGGACGGUUUAGAUUCCUCGAGAAACGUUGCGUGAACCUCGACAUAGGUCUAGAGAAGAACACUGAUGAUUAAAGCUACAUUGCCUUGUUGCCUAUGACGAGAGCGCAAAGCCACUUCAUUGGCAGGCAACGAACUCCACGUGCCUUGCUUAACGGUCAAGCUUCUGAUGUAUUUCCUACAAUAUUCUCACGGUGCUCUUGAGGGACUGAGGAAGUUAAAAAAUAAAAAUAAAAAAAUAAAGUGAAAUUUUAAGGAACAGUGCGAUGUCUUCUGAUAAAUAUUUUUAUAUGACUCCGUACUUGUUAUUUAAUGAGCUGGUAUGCCGUCCUUAAAAAUAGUGAACUAUUAAACAAAAAAAAUGUAUGUUACUUAUUACUGUGUAAUUAUCACUGCUAUUGAAAGCAUAAUUAUUAUUACCAAUAUCCUUGCCCUUAUACAUUGAAAGGUUGUGUAUACUGUACAUCAGUUAUUUAGCUGUCCUGUAUAUGUUAGACGAUUAUGUGACGGUAUAGUCAAGAAUGUGAAUGGGGUGGCAAUAUGCCCCGAAGAAAUGUGCAAUGUAGUGGAAUUUUUUUUCUGGGAAGAGAUGGAAUUUGUUGUAAAUGCUGAACAUAGAACAUCUAUGAGACCUAAAACUUAGAAAGAUUGCUAUUUUCUGUGUUAGAUAUGAGACUUUUUUUUUUCUCUCAAACAUUUAUUUUUGUAAGUUUAUCUUCUUAUAGGAAAAGAAUAUACAAGAAUAUAUCUGGAAUUACAAGCAUGAAAGAGCAAGUGUACUGUGUAUACAUAUGUAUGCACUACAGUAUACAUAUAUACAUUUUAAACAUAUAUCAACAUAAUCAGUUCAAAAUUCAGAGGUACAAUUUGACAUUUGAGGCUUAUUUAAGCCCCAGGGGAGAUUAAAUUCACAAACCUCGCUCUCAGAUCUAUAGAUUACAAGUAAGGCUUCAGCAUGUAACUUUCAUGCAAUAUUUUGAGAAAAAUUCUAAAGGUAGAGCCUCUGUGAAAACCUGCCAAUCAAAUCUGUCCUUUCAGGCUUAAUUGCUCUAAAAUAUAUAUGCAAUCUUAUAUGAACACAAUUAAAUGUAAUAUAUACAAUGUAUACUAUGUACACAGUAUUUGAAAUAUGUUUAACCAUUUUCCUCUGCAAGUACAGUGCUAUACUUGCAGUGUGCAAUGUUCUAUUAUGUUGUGCUGCAAACAUAGUGCUGUACUUUCAUUGUACAGUGUUCUGUGCUGUUGCGCUGCAAGUAUAGUGCUAGAGUUUUAGUAUGCAAUAUUAGACCUCUUGAUUAAAACAUAUUAUGGGGGAAAUACAGGCAGUCCGCUGGUUACACUAGGGGUUCCAUUCCACAACGUUGCAAGAACAAUCUAUAAAAAGGAGAAAUAAAAUUAUGAAAGUCUUACCUUUAAUACUAUGGUAUACUACUGUACAGUAUUGUAUUUGCAUUCUGAUGAGAUGUGCAACCAAAAACCUCCAAAUUUUUACUGUAUUGUAGCUGUAUGUACUUUUGCUGCUCCGUUGUGGCAUAAGACGACGAUGUAACCUCGGAACAUCCGCUGUAACCAGGAACCAAUAUUUUUACGAAUAAAUUUGAAAAGUGACAUAAACUUGGACCGACAUAACUCGAGUCUGACAUAACUUGGGGACUGUCUGUAUCAAAUUCAUAACAUUAACACCCCCAUUUUUCUGUUGGCAGUAUAACAUUCACUGACUUUAUUCAUUUUGUCAAGGACCAGAUUAGCACUCAGAGUAGAACAGGUCACUUGAGGUUUGUUUACAUCUCCAGAUCUCAACCAGUGACCUGCCUGCUGAAACGGUCUCAGAGGUCAUCCUUUCCAGACUAGGUGACGAAGGUUGUUGGUCAAGAUCAUUUUGUGAAAAUACGUCCAGUGCAAGUUUUCUGUUGUUUCCUGUUUACAGAUAGCAAAACAACUUCACAAAAUCAAAACUCUACUAAGUAGAUCUUCUGUGUGAGGCAUUUACAACUUGUUAUCAGUUAAGAGAAGUAUCAGUUUCCACGUCCAGGACAAUUUACCAAUUAGAGUAUUUAAAUAUUGUAUCCUUGCUAGAUUUGGAUGCCGAACCAAACCCUUUCCCCCCUGAAAUGCACCUUUUAAGCCCUCUGUAAUUGAAGAGAUUAAAAAAAAAACAGAGUCUUGUUGGUUCAAAAGUCCAUUAGAUUACAACAACAGGCUCUAUCCUCAUAAAAACCCCAAUUUUCCUGAAUCUCCUUUGAAUCCUUACCUUCCCCGACCUACUGACCAAAACCUUAAUAAGUUAAUGACAUUGAAGUGAAUUUUUAAAGAUAAAAAAACCUUGAUUUUGUGUUACGUUUCAGAUGCAGUAGGAAUUUUUAAAUUUACCUGAAAAGUACAACCGAUACUUUAGAUUAAGAUGCAAAAAAAACAAGUUCUUAAUAUAAGAGAAAUGAGUUGGGUGCUGAAACCAUUCAAAAAAUUUGUCCAGGGUGCUAUUAAAAUGUUUCCAGAAGGGCUCAGGAACUCUGCCUACAAUAUUUAACUUGAUGAGGUGUUGCUUCCUGUAAGAGAGAGAUGAAAAACGUAACAAGAAAGAAAGAAAGAGAAAGUGCAACACAUUUCCCAUCCAGGUUUCCUGAAGGGGAUGUGUGUAUGUGUGUAUGUUCUACUCUUGUUGUUCCUGCAGGUCUGACAAUCUCUCAUCGUGUCAAAUAUUAAUUUAGGAGCAUAGGUUGUCCUCCUCUUACACUAUAAUGCUUCAGAUUUAGGGAUACACGAUAUGGUCAAUCCAAUUCGAGAUACUGAAAGUCUGAGUCUUGGAGAAAAGACUGAGGACCUUCAAGUGUCUUGGUAAUAACUUCGAAGUCCCUGAAACUGGUGAAUUACCUCACCCUCGGCUUCUCUCUCUCUCUCUCUCUCUCUCUCUCUCUCUCUCUCUCUCUCUCUCUCAGUGUCGUGUACGCCUCCCCAUGAUACCUAGUUCACGUCUUGGACAGGUGAUGUUGUGUAUAUCUGUGGUUCUAAAACAUCUCAUAACAGGAUCCUUGUUCAGACUGAAAAUUUAUAUAUGAAUAUAUAUAUAUUCUAUUUGAAUCCAGUGCAUUAUCUCAUGUUAUGUUUGUCCAGAUUACUGAUUGUUUGCUAUACAGUUUCAAUGUUUUAAUAUUCUCUGUAAAGCAGGUUUUUUUUUUUUGGUAGGAAAAAAGCCUUUUAAAAAAAAGGAAUAUGUUGAAUGACAAACAUGUAUUUUGCGCAAGUGUAUAAGAUGUUCUUAGAGUGAAUGUGUGUAAUUAGAGAAAAAGAUUUCACCAUCAUCAUAGCCUUAAGGUCAUCUUCCAUAGCUCCUAGCUUUUUUUUCUCAUCUUCACAUCUUCAUUUUUUUUUUUUUUGGUAGCCACGUUCAGCACAUAGGAGGGUGUUUAGUCAAAAUGUGACGAGUUGGUCAAGGAUUAUCGAGGCUGAGACAAAAGAAAAGAUAAUAUAUAUAUAUAGGUCUUUCUGAAGUAGCAUUUUCAAUCAAAAUGGUUCUGAUUUAAGUUACAGAUCAUAAGUGCAGCUCUCUAAACAUUCUUCAGGGGUUUUGUUUCAGAAAUGAUGGACUCCUGAUUUUAUGGGGUACGUAGAAAGUGGGCUUAUGAAUAAUUUUGUUUCUUAUCCCUCUUGUUUCAAGCCUUCAGAGCUCCUUUGUUGUUAUGAGCUAAAGAGUUUUAAGAUAUCAAAGUUGUUGCAAGCAUACAGUUAAGUAUUACUGCAUUUACAGAAUCUUCCAAUACACGAGUGACACUCUAAUCUUUAAUCAGCUGAACACGAUAUAGGCCAAUGUGAUGAUUUAUGUACAUACUGUAAAAUAUACCCGAGGUAGGAUCAAUAUUAGCAGCAGACAUUUCAAAAUACAUUAUACCUUGAAUGCACAAUUUUAUUUGCACAAUUAUUGUCAUAUUUUAGACGGAUGAUCCAGCGUUAAUGGCCUUAUAUUGUGUGUGAGUUCAUCAUCUAUGCAAAAUUUGAUAUUUUGAAGCUAUUCAUUACUUGCCAGUAUUUGUUGCAAGUUUCCUCAUGAUUUGCAAAGAGAUUCAACGAUGACGUGCUUAGUUUCAGAAUGGCACAGCUAGGUUAAUCAAAUCAGUGGUGAUAACUCGCCAUUCCCCCCUCCAAAAAUCUGCAAGUGCAUUAAACAUGAUACAAAUUCUAUUUUUAUAUAUACAUUGGGGUUCCUACUGAUGCACCGUCACAGUCCUCCAAAGUCUCGACCAACUCGUUGCCGUUCUUGAUCAAUCUGUGGCUGGAAGUCCACCUGGAGAAUUUCAAGUACACAGUACAGUAUAUGCAUUCAUUUCACUGAAAGAGAUUUAUAGCUGUAUUUUCCUCGUGCGUCUGGAAUAUAUCAUCAUCUUAAUAAUAUUUUAUUUUGUGAGAACAGUCUUAUGAUAAUGUGAUCAGAUAGCGUUAGUGUUCAAUCACCUUUUUGAAAGGCCAUAAGAGGUAUGUCUUGACUGUCUUCUGACUGGUUGAUUUCUAUAGCCAAUAAGCCAAUUAGGUGUCAGUUAUACGUCCAUGCUCCUCCUCCAUCAACCAUUGUGAAAUUUUUUUUAAAUAAGCAACUCAUCAUUAAUUUUGAAGUGGAAGUUUUUAUAUUCAACUUGAAAAAAUAAAAUUAUCUUGUUUU